GGCGACGGACUACUGAUCCCAGGGAGCUGUGCGGGGAACGGGCGGCCGGGAGCGGCGGGAGGUGGUGUUUAGUGACGGAGAUCGGUGUUCUUCUGCCUUAGUGGCUCGGCCGCUGAGGUUUGGCCCCUGCUGGGGCCCUCGUAGGCCACCAUGUUAGAAACUGCAAUGGGAGAAGCCAGUACUGAAGCGGAUUCCGCCAUGAACGUGAAGUCGAUUCCUCAGCAGCCUCCACAAAAACGUUCCCGAACAGUAGAGGAUUUCAACCGUUUCUGCUCCUUUGUCCUCGCUUACGCCGGGUAUAUUCCGCCACCAGCGAUAGAGGAGAAGUCUUGGACUCCCCCACCUCCCACCACCCCUCAUCGGACUGAAGAAAGCGAUGGCUGGGAUUCCCCGGACCCCCCGCGCCUCCCCCUGGCUCCGGCGGGCUCAGACCUCAGCACCAUUCAGACUUUUGUCAUGAAGGCCAAGGGGCAGAGCGCAGGCGGCAGUAAACGUCGGGGAGCAGAGCAUGCACGUGUGAAGAGAAGUGCCCGCAGGAGGCGGCGGCAGCGGCAUCGGGGCAGCGCUGCCGGCAGGAUGAGUGAUACGGACACUGAUGAUGAGGAUCGGGGCGUGCCCCUCAUGGCCUCUCCUGCAGCACCACAGCCUCCUCCCAGUGCAGAGAGCAGCCGGGACGCGGCAGGCGGCAGCUCCAGCGAUGCAGACACCCAGGUGAUGGAUGAAGACAUCAUGGUGGACUCAGGAGACGAUUCGUGGGACUUGGUGACGUGUUACUGCGAGAAGCCGUUCGCCGGACGCCCGAUGAUCGAGUGUAACGUGUGCUGCACAUGGGUCCACCUCUCCUGCGCCAAGAUCCGCAAGAGCAACGUGCCGGACAUCUACUACUGCCAGAAGUGCAGGGAGGGCAGGGGCACCCCCAAGGAGGAGCACCCCUGACCACAGCCCGGACUAUGGGGGAGGGGAAACUUUCAGUUAAUGAGGGCAGAAGGUGAUGAAGUCAUGGUCAUGUGAUCUCCUCCGCAGCCCCCGACGCGCCGUGUAAAUAGUGGACACAAACCUUAUUUUAUUUUUUUUCCCUCCCUGUAAUAAAUCCUGUUUGUAUCCCGGAAAUAAAGGUUACUUUGUGUAUAGCAG